AUGGCUUUGGCGGAGCCACCGACACAGCAGGCGCUCGACGCAUUUCCUAUCUGCGUGAGUGAUUGUAUCACGGCAGGCAUCAUGGAACAGAGCUGCGACGCGGCUGACCUACAAUGUAUCUGUGCGAGCGAUACCCUUCGUGCGUACCUCGGCGUAUGCGUGGGUGUUUCUUCCGCGAGGAAUAUCACCACUGCCCUUUGCCAUUCCUCGGCACGAAGUCGGUCUGGUCAGCUUGUCGUGGUGGCGUCCACGAUGACAGGUCUGGCCGUGGCCUUUGCCACGGCCCGCCUUGUUUGCCGGCAGUGGGUGGUCGGAUCUUCGCUGUGGUUAGAUGACUGGUUGGCCCUUGGCGCGACUGGUACCAUCAUCGCGAGCGCUUUCAUCAAUAUCUACGGCCUGGCUGGACACGGGCUGGGCCGGGACAUCUGGACCCUGUCGGCAGGCGAGAUCACCGCGGUUCUGCGAUACUUCCACACGAUAGCAUGGCUGUACUUCCUGGACACUGCACUGGUGAAGUUGUCCGUCAUCGUCUUCUACCUCCGCAUUUUCCC